AUGCGCCGCAGCAUCACUAACAGCGAGUGUAGCAAGAGCAGCGCCAGCGUCGCUAAUAGCAAGAAAUGUAGCGAGCCUAAUAGAAUCACGGAAGAGAAACAGUGCCUGUCCACGCCUCCUAUUAUAAUAGGCGUCUGUACACCAUCGCUAACAGCACCUGUACCAAGUGUGAAAGCAUCUGGUACAGAGAAGCAGGAGCCUGUGCACGCUUUCUACACUACCUGCGACAUCACCAACAGCAAGUGUACUAGUUCCGUCACUUCCAAAGCAGGGCCAGUAGUAGCCACCGGGUGCUGCUGCUGCUGCCAGCGCCGAAACUCUGCUGUUCAUGCUGCAUAUCUAGUUGUGGCAGGCGGCGCGGCGCUGUCGACAGAAGAAAUUCUACUACGCCGGGACACGGAACUUCUUCGCCUGCUACAACUCCUGCUGCUUUACGCUGCGCCGCUGUUCCACAUGCUGGGACUUAUGUGA